AUGUCAGACCAAAACAAAACAAAGAGAAUGGCCACUAAAGGUGCUCUUACACGUUUAACAACAUAUUUUCGAAGUAUAGAAAAUAAUGAAAUUAUCGACCUCGUAGAUUUAGAAAUGCGAUUAUUCAAAGCCGAAGGGCUUUUAGAUGUUUUUAAUGAGGUUCAGAUGCUUAUUGAAACUGAUGAUCCUGACUGCGAGGAAAAUUAUGACACAUUACAUGCCAUUGAAAGGCAGACUUUUGAGGACAAAUAUUUUAAAAUAAUAUCUGACAUCAAAAAACUUAUUUUAUCUAGACGACCUACUGAAACGUCUGAUUCACGUAGUGUCAAUGGUUCAAUAGCAGCUAGGCCUACAAAUACAAGCAACAUUAAGUUACCUCCAUUGAAUCUAGCUACAUUUGAUGGAUCGUUUGAUCAAUUCCUCUUCUUUCGCGACAGUUUUAAUUCUAUUAUUAAUGAUGAUACUUCACUUUCCAAUGUACAAAAGUUUCAUUACUUACGUCUGUCAUUACGUGGCAUAGCUGCCGACACUAUUAAAUCUUUGCAAGUCUGCGAUGCAAACUACGACAUUGCUUGGAGUUUAUUGAUCGAAAGAUUUGAAAAUAAACAGUUACUUGUAAACAAUCACAUUAAAGCUCUCUUUAACCUACCACUAGUCACAAAAGAAUCAAAUCAAGGUCUCAGACAACUUCUAGACAAUACACAAAAACAUUUACGUGCUUUAGAAGUUUUAAAACGCCCCACUAAACACUGGGAUGAUUUGAUUAUUUAUUUGUCAACAACAAAAUUUGAUAACUCAACAAGACGCUCUUGGGAGUCACAAAAUUGUAAAGACAACCUACCAGUUUUAGAUGAUUUACUGAAAUUUUUAAAAGAACGAUGUCGUAUCUUAGAGUCAUUAGACAACUACAAUGAUAAUAAACAGGAUCAAAAUUCACCACGAUACAAAGGUAAUAAGUCUGAAACAAGAGCCUUUGUUUCUAACACAGAGAAUAGGUUUAAAUGCAACUUUUGUAAUAAGGAACAUAAAAUAUAUUAUUGUCCUGACUUCUUAAAACUAAAUCCUACUAAUAGGUUAAACAAUGCAAAACGUCUACGUUUAUGCCUUAAUUGUCUUGGCACAUGCCAUCGUACUAAGGAUUGUCGUUCUACUGGUUGUAGAAAAUGUGGAAAGAUCCAUCACACUCUGUUACACUUCGAGAAUUCACAAUCCUCAAAUUCAGUUUCCACAGAAAACAAUUCUUCUCAAUCUUCAUUACCUUCCAAUGUUCCAAACACUGGGCUGCAGUCAAAUGAAUCUACUUCUACCUCUAACUUCUCUUCAACACAUCAUAUAAGCUCAAGUGUUCACACUGCUAUUAAACCGUAUAUUCUACUCUCAACUGCUGUUGUUAACGCUUUUGACAAGUUCGGCAACUCACAUAAAUGCAGAGUACUCUUGGACAACGGAAGUCAAUCCAACUUUAUAUCUGAGAAAUUUUGUGAUAUUUUACAACUUUCAAAGGAAAAAAUCAACACUUCGAUCUCGGGAAUUAAUCAAUUAACUCACAAUAUUAACUUCCGGACAUCACUAACAUUUAAAUCAGAUAUUAACAAUUUCUCGAAAAAAAUAUCUUGUCUAAUUUUGCCCAACAUAACAAGUAAUUUACCUUACAUACACAUCAAUCGUUCCCAGCUCAAUGUUCCAACAAAAUUACUUCUAGCUGACCAGAAUUUUGAAAAACCUGGUCCAGUAGACCUUCUUAUUGGAGCUGACACUUUCUGGGAUAUUUUAAGCGUUGGACAAAUCAAACUUGGUCCUGGGUUACCGAUCAUUCAAAAAACCACUCUUGGUUGGAUAAUUUCUGGCCCAAUUCCAACAAAUAUUCAACACCACCCCCAACAUAAUUGUUACUUUUCUUCUACCAGUGAAUUAGAUUCACAGCUCACAAAGUUUUGGGAACUAGAGGAGUGUCCUAAAACUAAGUUUGUUUCCGAAGAAGACAUCUAUUGUGAAAAUCAUUUUAAGCAGCAUAUUUCUCGCCAUUGUGAUGGUCGUUUUAUCACUACUCUUCCACUAAAGGAAUCUCCAUCAGUUUUAGGGGAUUCUCUAACUACUGCCAAAAAACGUUUUUUAAACUUAGAGAGAAAACUUGAAAAUAACAUUCAAUUGAAAUUAGAAUAUCAUGACUUCAUACGUGAGUACAUUAAACUUGGUCACACGUCCCUAAUAAAUGACACUAAUGAUAAUUCUGGAUUCUUCUUACCUCAUCACUGCGUUUUAAAAGAAACUUCAACCACUACAAAGUUAAGAGUUGUAUUUGAUGGUAGUGCGAAAACUACCACAGGCUACUCAUUAAAUGACAUCAUGUAUGUCGGCCCUCAUUUACAAGAUAAUUUAUUUUACAUUUUACUUAGAUUUCGUCAACAUAAAUUCGUACUGGGUGCAGAUAUAACUAAAAUGUAUCGUCAGGUUUUCCUUACUCCUGAACAACGUUACCUUCAAAAGAUCCUUUGGAGAUUUAAUAAAAAUGAUCAAAUUUCUGCUUAUACACUGAAUACUGUUACCUACGGUACUGCAUCAGCAGCGUUUCUUGCCAUUAGGUCUCUUCAUGAAAUUGCUCAUCGACAUAUUUCCGAAUACCCAAAAAUUUCCUCUAUAAUUUUGCACGAUUUUUAUGUAGAUGAUCUAUUAACUGGUUGUGACACAUCGGAAGAACUCCGAGAAAUCAAGGAAACUAUUUCAUAUUUAUUAUCUUCCUACGGUUUUCCUCUGAGAAAAUGGACUACCAAUGAUUCGUCUCUACAAAAUCAUUCUGAUCCUGAUUUUUUGCAUUUUGGUUCUGACGAACAUAACAAAACACUAGGAUUACUUUGGAAUCCGUCUUGUGAUUCCCUACAAUUUUCUAUAAAUAUCUCCACAAUUAACUUAAAGAUUAGCAAAAGACAGAUUUUAUCCUGUACAGCACAAAUAUUUGAUCCUUUGGGGUUACUUUCACCCGUAACAGUUAUAUCGAAAAUUAUUCUUAAAGAGCUCUGGAAACUCAAGAUAAGUUGGGAUGAAUCUGUUCCUGAAAGUAUUUACACACUUUGGUCGAAAUACUACUUCGAACUUACAAAAUUAAACACUUUAAAAAUACCUAGACAUGUACUUUCUUCUAACCCAGUUUCUGUUCAACUUCAUGGGUUUUCUGACGCCUCGGAGGCGGCUUACGGUGCAUGUAUUUACAUAUGCUGCACAGAUACAUUUGGAAAUUACACUUCAAAUCUUUAUUGUGCUAAAACUCGAGUUUCUCCUAUGAAACUUGUAACCAUUCCAAGACUCGAACUUUGUGGGGCAUCACUACUUUCUGAACUUGUCGAAAAGGUCACUUCAUCUGUAAAUGUCUCCUUUAAAAACAUUACGUAUUGGACUGACUCUAAAAUUGUUAUUUCAUGGAUAAACACCUCUCCCCAUUUACUUAAGACUUUUAUAGCAAAUCGAGUCUCACAAAUACAUAAACUGACCAACCCUGAAUUUUGGAAAUAUAUUAAUACUUAUGAUAAUCCAGCAGAUCUACUGUCACGAGGUAUAAGUCCUUCUUCGCUCAGUAAUUCCCACAUAUGGUUUCAUGGCCCUUCUUGGCUCACUUUGCCUCAAGAAGAAUGGCCUCAAUAUACAAAACAUCAAGAAGUUUGUAUAACUUCUGAAUUACCUGAACUGCGUAACAAAACUCUUGUGUUUCAUCACAUCAACAACGAAUUUACCUUUUACUACAAAUAUUCUUCAUUAAAUAAACUAACACGCGUCUUUGCUUAUGUCUUAAGAUUUAAAGACAAUCUGUCGAUUCAUAAACAUUUACGAAUAACAGGUCCCUUGACCACAAUAGAACUCAAUAAUUCCCUUUUAACCUUAAUUAGGUUCGUACAAAGUCAGUCAUUUCCCUAUGAUUAUGAUGCACUUUCCAAUUCCAACCAAAUUGACAAAAGAAGUCACCGAGAAAUACACGGCAAUAAAAGAGCUAAUCAACUUAUCAGAAGAGCAUCAGAUCAGAUACAACAUUUUACCGGUAAAAAAGCUAUAUCCGAAGGCAAUAUAACUCUCACUGGAAAAACAGACCUGAUCAAACAUGGCAAAAUGUAUAUUAGACAGCAUGUACCAAUAACAAGAAGGAAUCAGCUUAGAGUCGCAAGAGGCUUUUUACUGGGCAUGCACCAGACAAGACACAUCUGCACAGCAUAG